UGCAAACGGAGGCAAAUGGACUAUGAACUUCCCUAAAGAGAAGUCUGAUAAGUCCUGGCUUUACACCUUGCUUGCAUUGAUCGGAGAACAGUUUGACCAUGGCGAUGAGAUCUGCGGAGCUGUUGUUAACAUUAGAGGAAAGCAAGAGAGGAUUUCCAUUUGGACCAAAAACGCUUCCAACGAAGCUGCUCAGGUGAGCAUUGGGAGGCAAUGGAAGGAGUUUCUUGAUUACACCAACAGUAUUGGUUUCAUCAUCCAUGAGGAUGCGAAGAAGCUGGAUAGGAACGCGAAGAGCGCUUACACCGCUUGAGACCCAACAACCUUUCAUAUCUUCGCACCGUUUCAGUUACAGUUUUGCAGUGAGAGAUCUCUCUAUCUAUAUCAUCAAAACAUGACUUGACGCUGUCUUCGUUCUCGAGUGUUAACUGUUCACUAGUCCAGCUUUUUGAUUACUAUUAAUAUACUUAGUGAUAGUGUUCCUAAAUCUGAUGGUCCCCUUGUAUAAACCACACUUGUCUACUUUAAUUUUCAUCUCAAGAAGUUGACAAAAACAAUUGAAGCCUUGUUGGCAAAAACACCUCAAAGCUUUGGUAGGCCUUAACAAUCCAUUCAUGUUUCAAAACAUACAAGGGUCCAUGUACGUUGUUUUCUUCAGUUUUUUGGUUUCUGUCAACAACUUUUUCAAUAAAUAUUGUAUAGAAUUGAACCGA